AUGCAUAGCAGGAGAAAAACACUUAGCUUCUACAAUAAAGAAGAUAAAUGUUUUACUACUUCUCUCUCUCUCUCUCUCUCUCUCUCUCUCUCUCUCUCUCUCUCUCUCUGUUAUUUUUGCAGAGAUCUUUUUACAAUCCCAAUGUCUCUGAAAAAUCUUGGUCUUUUCCUGGCAAUAGCCAUGGUUCUGGUUGCUUAUUGGCUCCAUGAACCCAUCCCUGAUGGAGUGAAGGAGAAAAGCGAAUUGAGGAUUACCAUUGCUUAUCUCAAAUUUAUCCGAUUUAUGACAACAGUGUCUUGGAUGACUGGGAUUUAUUCUCCAAUUAAUACCUUUAGGUUUUGGCUUAAAAUGACUAUAAUUCAAAUGCCAAACGAUGGAGCAGUAGAGGUUAUAGAUGAUAACUUUAGUGGUGUACCUGUUCGGAUAUUCCGGCCAAUGCAAAAUAGUGAAGCAGCUCCCAAAGAACUUCCUGGUUUGGUGUUUAUCCAUGGAGUGGGUCUUGCACUUAUGGACACUGAUACUUACCACUCGGUCUCUCAGUCUAUUACCAAAGAAACAGGAUUUGUUGUAGUUUCUGUUGACUUCCGUCGAGCUCCAGAAUACAAGUUUCCAAUUCCAUUUGAUGAUUGUUUGACUGCUACUGUCCAUCUUCUUCGUCACGGUGCAGAAUAUGGAGUUGACAUUAAUCGAAUUGCUGUUGCUGGUGACAGCACUGGAGGAAAUUUAGCAGCAGCAGUUGUUCAACGUCUGACAGUGGAGACAGGAUUUCCAAGUCUAAAGGCCCAAGUUCUCAUCUAUCCAACUCUCCAAGCAUUUGACUUUAUGACUCCAUCUAUGAUCACUCGGGAACUGCCUGGAUAUCUGACACGGCGAACAAUUAUAGAAAACUGGCUGUUAUAUUACCAAGGAAACAACAAAGAUAUGGAGAAUUUUUUGACUAACAAUCACACUGGGCCACUCUUAAAGGCUUCUGAAUAUGGAGAUUCUGUUGAUCAUAAUUUACUCCCUGAGGAAUUCCAGAAACAGCUGACUGAGAAACCACAGAAGAAUUUUGGUGAUGAAAAACUGUCAGAUGCUUUUGAGCCAACCCUUCUGAAUCCAUAUUUUAGUCCCCUUUUAGCUCAGCAACUAGACAAAUUGCCACCAACGUUUAUGAUCACAGCUGAGUAUGAUGUGCUUCGAGAUGAUGGAUUUAUGUAUGCGAAAAGACUUGAACAAGCCGGAGUAACAGUUGAACACAAACAUUUUGAGAAUUCAUUUCAUGGUUUCAUUUGUUAUUUGGGAACACCUUCUCAGCAAGAAGGUUUAGUAAUGUUACGCACAUUUCUGCACAAAGUUCUGAAGUAA